CCCUCGAGCUGAAAGGCUGUGUGUAUCAGCGGCAGACGACUCCUACACAAUGUUUAUGAAAGAAUGUCAACAGUUUUGAGAGAGUGAAAUUUCUUUCUGUCAAUAUUUAAUACUUCACUGGCGCGCUCUACUCAACAUGGUGAAGAAUACAUCCCUGUGUCUGCGUAUUGGAGAAGCGAAGGACUUGCCAGGAAAAGACCUCAUAUCUCGUAGCAGUGACCCUUACUGCUUGAUCAAGAUUGACAAUGAAGUUGUUGCAAGGACAGCUACAGUAUGGAAGACCCUGACGCCUUUCUGGGGAGAGGAGUACUUCUUUCAUCUUCCAGGAGGUUUCCAGAACCUCUCACUGUACAUCUUUGAUGAGGACACAAUGAGCGAGGACGAUAUUAUUGGAAAAGUGUCAUUGGACAAAGAGAUUCUGCAGAACUGUCCCAGAGGAAUAGAGAAAUGGCUCCAACUUGUAAAGGUGGACAGAGACACAGAGGUUCAGGGGGAGAUACACAUAGAAGCUACAAUCUCAGAGGGAGAUGGAGGACACAAAAUACUGAAGAUACAACUACUAGAGGCAAGGGACUUGGCUGUCAAAGAUAAGACAGGCUCUUCAGAUCCUUUUGCAAGAUUAACUUUUGCCGAGCAGAAAUUUGACACACGGACAAUCAAGAAGACCCGGUUCCCCAAAUGGCAGGAGACAUUUACCCUGACAUUACCCGAGUCAACCGAGGGUGAAAUUGUUGAUAUCACUGUGUGGGAUUGGGACCGUGUCGGCAACGAUGACUUCAUGGGACGUGCUUCGGUCAACGUCUCUGAGCUCACUGCUGGGAAGACAAUCAGGCAGUGGCUGAGACUCAAUCCAAGGGAAGAGAAAGAGAGAGAUUUGGAAUCAAGUAAAAGUCUUGGUUCCAUACGUGUACGUGCUCGCUACAGUGAAGAGAGGAUCUUGCCAUCCCAGUAUUACCAACCGUUAGUUGACCUGCUGGUUGAGUCUGUACAGGAUACAGUGUAUCGCUCGACCCCUCUCACCAUGCUUGAAGAGGUCAUGACCCUUGACCGGUUAGAGAUUGCCACAACAUUGGAUAAGAUUUUCUUAGGUCAGGGGAUGAUCCUACCUUUCCUAGAUGUUUUAAUACAACAGGACCUUCAACAAACAACUGAUAUCAACACAUUGUUCCGAGGUAAUUCCUUGGCCACUAAGUGUUUUGAUCAGUUCAUGAAGCUGGUUGGUAUGCCUUACCUCUUGGAGACCCUCCAGCCCAUCGUGGAUACCAUCUUUGAAGAGAAGAAGCACGUAGAACUGGAUCCCUGUAAAGUUGGCAGCAUCAGGAGGAGAGUAAGCAUGAAGAACCGCUCUGAAGGUUACCUCCUUGAGCAUAGUGCUUCAAUACUGACAACCUACCUGGCUGCAAUCGUUAGCUGCAUCUUGGAAUCCAUGGACCGUUGCCCACCAAUCUUGAGGAUGGCUCUCAAACAACUAAGACACAGGGUUGAGGAGAAAUUUCCUGAUAAUGAUACAGAUUGCAAAUAUGUGUGUCUGAGUGGAUUUCUCUUCCUACGGUUCUUUGCUCCAGCAAUCCUUUCACCUAAGCUGUUCUUCCUUAGGGAUCAUCACCCUGAUAAGUACGUUGGCCGGACAUUGACACUUCUCGCUAAGGCAAUCCAGACCAUUGGUAACCUUGGUAUGAAGAUUGGAAAAGAGCACUGGAUGCAGCCACUGGGUCCUCUCAUCCAAGACAGUGUGGUUCGUAUCAAGGACUUCCUUGACACCCUUCUUGAUAUUGACGAGACGGAGAGUUCCACGCAUGAGUUUGCUUUAUCAGUCCCAAACAGAGAGGCCCAGAAACGGAGCAUCUUCCACCGCACCGUCACCAUCAAGGAGGGCAUUCUGAAGAAGCGGCGUGCUGAAGAUGUGACUGUAAUGAUCACUCCAUUCACUUUUAAGAAACGCUUCUUCUGGCUGAGUUACGAUAGUCUGUCCUACGCCAAGCAUGCUGAGGAUCAGGUACGGAAUACUAUAUUGAUUGAGUGGGUUUGUAUAGUGGAGUGUGUGGAUGAAGCUGCCUUCCAAUGCGAUCACCUCAUACAGAUUAUAUAUCAGGACUCUCAAGGGGAACUCAAGACAUUGUAUCUCCAAGCCAAGGAUGUGAAUGAGCAGCAGCAGUGGUUAUCAGCAAUCCGUAAGACAUGUGUAUCCAAUGCUAAGAUGCUGAAUACAUUCCACCCUGGUGCCUUCCGAGGGUCCAAGUGGACUUGUUGCCUUCAGUCCAGCAGGACACCUUACAUUGGAUGCAGUAGAGCUCAUAAUGCAGCUACACUGGGAGACUGGAGGGACCCUCUGGAUCCCGACGUAGAGGCACAGAUCAUCUUUAGCCAACUAAGGCUUGGUAAAGACAUCUUAAGGAAGAAGUAUCUUGAGGAGUCUGAUGCUGGAAGUGCCGUAGUGAGAGGUGAGCCAGAGGAAGACUCUGGGAAUGGCACUGAAGAUGAUUUUAUCUCAUCAACGGCUGGAAUCAACCCAGAGAACAGAGUAGUUAGAGCACACAAGCCAUGCCACAAGACAGUAUCCUAUCAUGACUCUAGAAUGGCAUCAGCAGCUACGCUGUUGGAUGUCAUCAAUGACCUAGAGAGGGCGCACUUGGCAUUCCAGAAACGAGAGAAAGAAUUAAAACAAGAAAGAGAUAUGCAGUGAAGUAAAAAUCAAAGCGAAGUUCUGAGAAUACUGAAUGUUAACCGGCCGUCCAAAGUUUGUUAACAUUUUCCGAUGUUUGUACAUAGUAGAAUCAAAGGAGAUAACACAAAGAUAAAAAGGGGGAAAUUAGGUAGGCAUUUAGAAUGGGAUAGGGAGUUUCAUUUGGGGAUGGGCAUGAAGGUUCUUACAAAGAAGCACUCUCUGUACUGAGCAUUUAAAAUGUUAGAGGGGGUUUUGAAUCUUGCUUUAAAAUGUAAACAGUUGACAUCUGUUUUUGUUUUUGUUUUGUUUUUGAAGAAACACAGCAUGGAACACACAAGGCAAAUAAGUUGUCUCCCGAUACCAAACAUGCAUAAGUUCUUUAAAAAAAAAUUGUAUCUAUGUAAUAUACAGUAAAGAGAAAUAUAUUUGCACAUAAAUAGCCGACACCAUAUUUAAAGCGUUAACUAGGUCCAAUUAAAAAUGAAUUGGGUAUUGACGAGGUAAUUUGUGAAUAACUAAUUUUAUAAACAAGUUUGAUUUUGCAUGUUUCUGUGAUUUUCACCUUGAUAAGCUUUCAUGGAUGACAAGGCAGUAUUUGUGUAAAAUGGGUGCCUUCCACAUGGACUUGUAAAUAAAUUGUACAGCACAUUGCCAAAUUUGAUAUUGAAACACAAAACUCUGAAUUUCUCCAAAUAAGGCAUUUUCUGAUUGGAUGCCAUGAUAAA